GGUCCGUGGAGGAGAAAUGAAUGCGUGACAAACGAACCCCAAAGGACGUCUGCGGGGAGGCUAAUCAUGCAUGUAAUUACGGUUGAAAAUUGAUUGAAUGUCAGCUGUUAAACCAUGGGCAAGAUUGAUUACUUCGUUGUUGAAUUUUAUGGAGGGAAAAGGACGUUUUACCCAGGGGAGGCAAUUAAUGGAACCCUCCGUCUCAAAGUGAAUAAGGAGUUAAAACUGCGAGGCCUACGGAUUGAGUUUCAUGGCAAAGCUCACGUACACUGGAGUGAAACCCACGGAUCUGGAGAGAACAGGAGAACAAGACACUAUAAUAACAGCCAAACUUACAUCGAUACCUUAGCAACAUUGUUCGGUAAAGGUCAGUUUGGGUUUUAUUCAUUUUGUUAUUGGACGUGUAGAGUGUCAUUGUUGCUUGUCGAGUAUUCAAGAUGGAUCAUUGUUAUGAAAACGGCUGCCAGCAUUAAUCAUUUAUAAACCUCUUAUUAAAGGGUUUUACAUUUUGAGUUUGUUUUGGAAGCAACCUCGACUAACCUCGACUAAAUAACUUUUCUUGUUUACAUUCUGGCUUAGCUUUCUUGAAAAGUGUUUGCAGGGCUAAUGGCGUGCAGUCUCGAUUUAAGCCACAGGUUAAAUCUUAAAAUUUAUGCUCAAUUUGUUUUAAGCUUAACUUCUUUUAUCGCGGUCAGGUUUGCAUAUUAUCGCUGUAAUUUUCGAAACCAAACGAAACGAAGCAAAAACAAAAACCUGUACUUAAAGAAAUGAACUCAAAGUUUCGAAAUAAAACUCUGUUUGUGUGUGUAUCAGGUUAGGGAAAGUGCCACAAACAUUGAAAAUAAAAGUAUCCGAUAGAUAUAUAAACCAAGUACAUUGCUGGCACCUUAUCCAGGCUGGGUGAUUUUCCUAAUUACAGAUAUAGCAUGCAUUUUCGGCACAGUUCUCCUUCUUCAUUUAACAAGAAAUGUAUUCACUUUAGAAGUAAUUGAUUAUACUGCAUCAGUUAAUUCCAAGAAAAAUUACUCUUCACCCCCUUUGCCCACUGUGUCCAGGCAUACCUCAGGCAUUUACCUCCCUUUGGAACUAGGUGCAAUGUUAGACUUGUUACAAGUCGACCUCUUGGCGAGUGGAGCAAGCCUUGUUUGGUCACGAGUGACAAAGUUGGGAGAGGUUGACUUGUCUCGCUUGAUGGGUUUUCCAUUUGCAUUUCGCGCCAAAAAUGGGGGGUGGCGUGACUUGCAUUUGGGGUUUCAGGUUUCCUUUGCGAGUCCUUGCGUUCAAUGGCAGAAUGUGCAGAUUCCACUCCAACUAAAUCUGUUGAACAUGUAUGUGUAUCUCCAUCAUCGAAGGUGCAAGUUUGUUUACUUUGUGCGAAAGUUGUCUCUGACAAUGAUUUUAGGUGAAAGUUGACGACCUCAGGGGGCCGGAAAAAAACAAAAACUUGUUUCAAUCCCGAGUCAAUACUGGGAAAGGAGAUUUCAAAACCAAGGAAUCCUUGACAUCCACACACAUUUUAAACCUACAGAGACUUUUCAAUACACGCAUUUCUCUUCCUGUAACCCUCAUAUGGUCAGAAAAGGUGUCAUAAAGGGCGAAGCCCUUAUACCCGUGAGAACUAACUCCUCAUCUAAAUCCUUCUAUGAAAACAUCUACAACUUCAAAAAAUGCCUUUGGGCUAGAGGUUACUGUCACAGUCUCAUAGAAAAAAUCACUUCUGACAGGAGGCGAUUACUGCCUCUGAGGUUAAAUUUACGGAGCAGAAGUCAGCUUUACAAAAGAACAAUGAAGUGCAAAAGAAAAUUCUGCCUUUCAUUACCACACACCACCCUGCUUUGCAGAACCUUAAAAACAUUUUAAUGAGCAAAUGGCACUUAAUUCAAGAUCAACCACUGCUGAGAGAAAUACAGUGUAUACAACGAGCCUCCCAUCAUUUCACAUAAAAGAGCAAAAUUGCUGGGAGAUAUCCUCAUUAGAGCAAAACUAUAAGGUCACGUAGCACACUGUCACAAGCCUAUAUUAUGAGUCGUGCUUUGCCUGUCAACACCUUCCACUUCGCAAUCAACCCCAUGUGGGAAUUUGAACCUCAAGUCACGUUUCAAUGCGCUUAGUACUCGUGAGUGACGGCUUUAUUUCCAAGGGUAGCUACUCUGAUUGGUCCAAGUGCACCGACCCUUUUUUGGGUCAGUAAAAUUGGCGCCAAUCAAGUAUGAAAAGUCCUUUGUCCCGCGCCAUAUGAAAUCCGAUGAAGGACUUUUUUGAAAGUCUAGGUGCAAUGUAUUUGAUGCAAAUGGAGCCCACUGAGCCAUUAAAUAUAGUGAACACCCAUCUCAUAAACACAACUCAGUAGAUUUACUGAACUUUGGUACAAUUUAAUGUAGCUAGAAUAUUGAUAAUAUUGGGGGGUGACUUUCACAAUACAUAAGAUUUAUGGGGGUCAUUUCUAAAAAGCUAGGAUGAAUUGGGGGAUCGGUUUGAAAAUCCUCUAAGCUUUUCCCAUUACCAUUAAUACCUACCUACACAAGUGUACCUAUCUAUCUACUUUGAUUGGCAGCUCCAGGUCAGAGUGGCAAUGACCCGGUUCUCCAGCCUGGUGAUUACUCCUAUCCAUUUCAGUUUCUAAUCCCAAACAUCAAUAUGCCGACCUCAGUAGAAGGAAGGUAUGGCUAUGUUCGCUACUGGUUAAAGGGAAUUGUUGACCGCCCAUGGAGAUUUGAUAUCACGACCAAAGCAGCCUUCACUAUGUUGGAAUAUGUGGACAUCAAUACACCUCUGCUUUUAGUAAGUUUUUAUUAACAUCAUGAUCUUUCCCUAGCAAAUCAAAUACAACGUAUUGGGUCUGUGCUUACUCAUACAAAGCUUUUUCCUCUAAAGAGUAUCAGAAAAUACACAGAGAGGAAAUCUGAAAAUAUUAAUUACCAAGUUAUUCAUAACUUUUUUAACAGGACCUUGGAAAACUGGUAGAGACAUAUUUUGGUAGACUUAAUUUUAAUAAAUGUGAUUUGGAAUAGAAAUUGGUUUUGAAAAAUACAAGUAUCUUUGAUUGUUAUAAUAAAUUGCAACAUGAUUGCCUUCAGUAUACAUGAACAUGGUGGUGUAGCUGUAGUUGUAGCCUAUUCUGUAUAGUCAGAAACUCUUAUGAGUUUCUGGUAUAGUAUAAUGAAGGUAUAUUAAAUGAACAGAGUAUUAAAUAGCAUCAUGAGGUUGCAAAAAAUAGCAAAGUAAAGUUCCUUUAACCCAUUUGCUCCUGGAGAUUUUGCCAAAAAACGCGUUUUGAAGCUAGUCGAGUGGUUUUCUGGUCACUGUCGUGCUAUAAAGAGCUAAAACUUACCACAAACUGGUUUACAGGUCGUACACUUCGCGGCCUUCUGAUCCAGAUUCAAAAUAUCGGCUUACGAAGUUCGGGCAUGCGCAGAAAGCAAAAUUUCGAGAUUUUUUGGGUUUAAAAGUGAUCGACACAGCAGUCUUGACUUUUACUUUUCGCUUUCUCUCCUCCCUUCUUUUUUCGCUUUUCUUGCCUCAUUUUUUUUUUCUCUUGCUGGGCAUUUAGUAGGCUUCAUUUUGGUGGGAAGAGUUUUAAGAAAGCUUUUAGGAUCUUAGGAUUAGGUGAAAGGAAAGGUAGGUGGGUAAUGGAACAAGAUUUUCAUGGAGAUUUUCAGGUCAAUGUCACAUGGUUUUUUGCUUCUUUCUCCGGUGUCCUUGACUGAAUUGUGCUCAUUCUGGUAUGGUUUGAAAGAUCUCUUCACUCUGCACAAGUUAGCGAAGAAAGUUGUCCUUGACCGUUAAAACUGAUGACGUCACAAAGGGAAGAAAGGACCUGGAUCCGCACGGGCGGUUAUGGGCGGUUCAGGGGCGAAUGGGUUAAUAAUGCCCGCUAUGCAGGGUUCGACAUUGGCACUCGCCUGCUCACCAAGGCAAGUUCCAAAAUGGUCGGGCAAGUACAAAUCAACAAUUACAUGCCCGGUUUGGCGAGUACGGUGUUCAUACUGGCACGAUACAUUAAUUCGAAAUUAACGUCACUUUUCACUUUCCACUUGAAAAUAAUCUACACUGUCCUUUAGCCAGAAGCUUACCAAUGUUCUGAAAUGUCCAUCAACCCUGGUCUGUAUUUUUUAAAAUGGGUGCGUGAACAGACAAAAUGCUCUUUGCCUCAAUGAUUGCUUCAUGAAGGAUGAACACUUGUACAAAAUACCAGUAAUGCCUCUGGUCGUUAAAUACACUGCGCUGUCCACAGAACCGCAAAAUGCGGGAAAAUAGGAAGAUUGGAGAGAGCAUCAUGUUUAUGUGAAAUGGCAAACAUGAGUUUAAUUGUACCACGUAACCAAGUUUCCCCUUUACUUAUUGUCGUUUACUGUUCAUUAUUUCUACACAUAAAUAAGUAGUUUCAUGCAAUUUUUUAUCCAUAAUGAUUGUUUUGAGCUGUUUUUAUCUGCUCAUUUUGUAUUUUGAGCAAUUCUCAAUGUGAAUCUGACUUUUGCUGUGUGCAGAAUACAUGAAGCUUAAACUCUCCAUUAAGAGUCACAUUUGCGGCAAGCGGCAAAUGUCAGAUUGAAGUUGAGAAUUUUUCAGAAAAGAAAAUAAUCAGAUAAAAACUAUCUGGAACAAUUCUUAUGGAUAAAACUGGCAUGAAACUAUGUAUUUUUGAGUUAGAAGUAAUAAACAGGAAACGACAAUUAAGAAGAAAACUGAGAUAUGCCCAAGUUUGCACACAGUAGCAAAAAUUGUGAAAAGUUGGAGAAAAUUAAUUGCAAUUUUUGCUGCUGUGUGCAAACCUGAACAUAAGUGGGAAAACUUGGUCAUGCAGUACAAAUUCACGUUUGCCGUUUUGCAUAAACAAGACUCUUAAUCAAUGUAAUGGUUCUAUCUUGCCAGUGCUUUUAGUGUAUAAUUUCAACACUUUGCUUGAGUAUGGUGUUGUUUCCUUUUUGUUUAUUAUGGUCUGUUUCAGGGCGUGGAGAGUGAACUUCCAUGCAGUGAGGAGGGGGCUAUUGGGCAAGUGAAAACUGAUCUGGGCGAGUGCUCCUAAACUUUAGUUUCCAACCCUGUUAUCGUAGCAGUUUUAUAAUAUACUAUUAGCCUUAGAUAGGGCUAAAGUGACUUGAGUCAAGUCUAAUACGAUCGGUACAUUAAUUUCAACUCUUAUUUCCUCAGCAACCUUGUCAGAUCCAAGAGGAUCGUAAUGUGGGAUGCCUGUGCUGUGUAUCUGGUCCACUCAGUAUUAUUGUCUAUACUGACAGAGGAGGUUACUGUCCAGGAGAAUCUAUUGGUGUCUCGGCAGUCAUUAAUAAUAAUUCAAAAAAUGAGAUUAUUGGGCUGGAGAUACAACUUAUUCAACUCACUGUCUUCAUUGCUUCUGGUGGUGGGUAUAAGAACUAACGUCACACUUAAGAACAAGUCUAGAAAAAAUUAUUUAAUAGUCAAUUUAAUUUGAUUUAGUGUUUGUGUCAGAACUGUUUUGAAUUGCAGUCACUGUGGGAACUGCACAAUAUUGUAGUUAUAAAGGUGUGAAAUAUAUUAACCUUUUCACGAGAAUGAUUGCCCAAGAUUUGUAAGGAGUUUAUAACGUCUGAGUCACUUUUUGAUUUACUAUGGUGUGACCAUUAAAAUGAAAACGUUUGGCAGUUGACUUUCACAUGAUACUACUUGUCAGGUCAGGGUGGAUUACCGAGUGCUAACACUUAAGUAUGGGGACCUUACAUAUAAGCAUAUUGAUCAAGUCCUUAAUACACAAGAAAGCUUCACCUCUAGUUGGAGAAGAAAAAAAUUCCUGAAAGGCUGCCUGGUCAUAGUUAUUUGAUGGAGUUGAAAGCUGGCUACCUUUUGUAAUAUACCAUAAAAUGCCGAAAAUAAGCCCCGGGGCUUACAUUUUUCAAAGGCCCUUUUUCAGGGGCUUAUUUUUGUAGGGGCUUAUAUUCAGAGGGGCUUAUCUACGGAGGGAAAUUUGCAUUUUGAAAUCUAUUGGGCUAGCCUUAUAGUUGGAAAAAAAUUUAUUGUUUUUGCUUUGUUUCACUUUGUAAUUUGAGGGCAAUUUUCCAAGUACAAGCCCCUGGGGGGGCUUAUACAUGGAGGGGCUUAUUUUUCGGAAUUUUACUGUAAUUAUGUUGCAUGUACCAUAUUCCAUAAUCAUGACACCAAAUUUUGGUAUGACCUUUUCAACUUCUUUUUGUGUAAAAAAAUCCUAAGAUCUGAAAGAAAAAAAAGACAUACAACUAACGUAAUAUAUAAAAAUUUAUGUUCUUAACUUAAUUUAUAAUUUCACCAAUUUUAGGGUAAUGGCUAUAGUCAUACUAAAAAUGUUACAUAAAAUUAAAUCUCCUUGCACUAUUUGACAGGAGAAAGAUAACCUCAAGAAUAGGGCCUAUUUGGUAGCCAGCUUUCUUAUCAUGUAUGAUCCCCUGUUGACUCUCAUCUUCCUGAUACUCUGAUUUGGCUGAACUGUCAAACACCCGGACCUUUUAAAGCUAUACCCCUCAAACAGUGGCUUGUGGCUACAUGGCUACAUAGCCACAUAGCUGUGUAGCCACUUAGCCGCGAGGCAGCUUUCGCGCUGCUGUAACUGCAAACCAAAAAAAACAAGCCAUGAGUCCCAUAGCCACAUAGCCACUGUUUUAGGGGUGUAGGUUAGAAGUGGCUGCAGUUACUUCCAUGAUUUUCAUCUUCAUCAUCACCAUGAUCAAUUUGAUUCAUUUCUAGGAAAACAAAAACACUGGGAAGAUAAGGUUGCAUCCAUGUUUCAAGAAGGAGUGAAGCCUGGGGAAGAGACUCGCAUGCCAAUGGUACCACUUCCAGUCCCCUCUCUGCCCCCAACCAUGACGAGUUGCAGUUGCAUAAGGAUAUCAUAUUUUCUACGGGUAAUUUACCCAUUAUCUGACCGUUUAGCUGAAUUUUUUAAAAGACCUGAUGUUUUUUUUUUUUUUUUUUUUUUUUUUUUAACGACUGUCAUUUGCUGCCUUGCCAACAUUUCCCAUCAAGUCAAACCAACCGAAGUUGUUCUGGUUUGAAUGACGGGACUUGCAUCUGUGGUGAAUUCAUCUGGUGAUGGAAUGUCUUUAGUACAGCUAAGAACUUCUCUUACUCAAAAUAUUAUUUUUCCUGCUUAAACAGAGACCUCACAUGGCGAGAAAAAAUGAGAGGAUUUUUCUUUUGCCUUCAAACCUUGGGUAACAAGGAACAAUUACGACUUGAAGUGCCGAGGUUUGUUUCAUUCAUUAACAAACGAAUCCUGAAAAUGCUCAAAUAAGCUGAGUUGGAUUGGCUAAUAAAAAAUUAUUUUCCCCACUGUCUUUCACAGAUGUGUACUGGGAUGAUAUAAAAAUUAAUCGAGUUAAACACCGACAGUUGUAGGUCAGUUCUAUUUCGCUGCUUAUUUAGUUUUCUUUAAUACCACCUUUCAACAGCUGAAAGUAAGAGUGAAGGGUGCCUUCAACUCAACAUUAAACAUUCCUAUCACAAUUGGCUCAGUUCCAUAUCGGCCACCCCUUCAUCCAGCCCAAUACCCACCCGCAGGUGCUGCUUUGACUCCUAGUGCCCCACCACUGGCCGGAUUUGACGCAGCAUCAGCGUAUCCACCAGCCGCUACACAGUAUGGUGACCCUGCGCAGAAUUAUCCAAAUAUUGGUAAGAAACAUUUUGUAUCGUGACUACCGUAGUAUUCCGAAAUUAAUCGCAGCCGCCCACCCACCCACCCCCACAAAAAUUACGGCUACCCGGAGGGUUACACUAGACUUUGGUGUGGUUACACUAGACCUUGUCCCCAAAGCGGGUUGGGUUCGCUCUGGGAUCUGAUCACUUUGAUGUUUUCGGUUACACGCCGAUAAAUUGUCCAAGGAGAUGAAAAGCUUGAACCCGGUUUCGCGGGGUCAAUUUAUAAAAAGAAAGAAAAAAAACUCCAGAACUCUUUGACCUAAGAUUUUGCUUAUGAAAAAUUUCUUGUUUUUGAUUUCAGCUCCUCCUUCGUACGCAGAGUGUGUUAGCGGUGGAGCGUCAAUUGAUGACGAGGGCGAUAAAAAGACUCUGGGUGAUACCAGCUUUACACCAAUGUACCCGUUUGUUAAUAACUACCAAUUUCCCUCUGCACCGCCUCCUUCAUAUCCCUAA